AAUGGGCAUUCCGAACUUCUUUGAGAACCUGAAGAAUUGGGCGGGGCAUGUGGUAAGCGGCACGGAGACGCCACAACAGCGGCAUCAGCAGCAGCAGCUGAACGAGCAGCAAAGACGUUUCCCAAAUUUGGGCGAGGACAUUAGUCACGUGGUGCAAACGCCAGAAUUUGGGCAGGUCCUCGAUGCGGCAUCACCAUUUUUGCUGGCCAGUUUAGGCGCAUGGCCGGGCUAUUGGCUAUAUCGGGGUAUCGAUUACUAUUCGCACAGGGCGCACGUCCCGCUGCCCACCUACAUCAGACAGACAUUUUACCAGGCCAAGGUUCUGCAGUUUGUCAUCAUCAUGAGUGGGAUUAUAACCAUAAUCAACAGACACAGGCGCAACAGCAUUCUACUCUACAACAAAGAAGUGGAAUAAGACAUAAAGAUCAAAAUAUAAAAAAUUGCUUUUUCAUCCACAUUCACAAAAUACUCAUUCGCAAUAAAUUUAUUAAGUAAAUAAACAUUUAAUUGAAGCUGAAA